UUGCUUGAACUUGGCAGUUGGAGGUUGUGGUGAGCCAAGGUUGCGCUGGGCUACAGAGCAAGACUCUGGGUCACACAGUAAAUAAAUACAUAAAAUAAAUUUCAUAUGAUGAAAGGUUUUGUGGGUAGAAGAACAUAUAACGGGGAAAUAUGUUAUUAUUUAUGUAUUAUAAUCAUCUACAGAAAUACGUUUUCUAAUAGUGUAUUGUAUUUCCUUGCAUUUUUGUUCUCAUAUUUUUGCUAAAACCCAAUAAAUGAAAAUAAGAAAGUGCCUUUAUGGUACUGUUCUGAACUAGAAGGUUUUAAUUUCAGGGCCGCUAGGAGAGUUUCCACCACACCCUUUUAAAAAAAUGUCUUCAGACCUAACAAAUGAUAACAUCUAUUGUUAUGAAUGUUUUUCCUUCCACAGUGUGGCCUUAGAGAUAUAUUAUCUUAUCAAGAAAAGAGAUGAAAAUAGAACUUUGGAAAUAUUUGAUGAACGUAUAUUCCCACUUCAUCGAGGAGAGGUUCCGGAAGAAUACUUCACGUAUGAUCCUACACACAAAAUCAUUUUCAAAUUUAUGCGUACUCUGUGCAAUGCCAAAAAGGUAGAAGCUUACUUAGUAAUCAUAAGUUUGGUAUACAUAAAAAGACUUCUAGAGUGUGCUAAUAUCAACCUUUGUCCAUCCAACUGGAAGAGGAUUGUCUUCGGAGCCAUUCUUCUUGUCGUCAAGUUUGGGAGUGAUGUGGCUGUGUGCAAUAAGCACUUAUGCAAGGUCUUUGAGAAAAUGACAGUUGACAAUAUGUGAGUUUGUACGGUUUUUGUGAACUUUCUAACCAUUGUUGAAUACUUUAUUUGCUCCCAUAAACAUAAACACUUUGAGAAAUACUUUUAAAGGUCACAUUAUGCAGAUAAUAAGAAUGGGCAUAAAUACCACAUACUCUUUCUCCCCAGCUUUAGAAGAACAGUUCAUAUUUUUCACUAUUCAUUGUUAGGUCUUGGUAAAUUGCCAUUGUAAUAAUCUCAUAAAUGGAAAAGUAUUUUUCUGGUGAAUGUUUUUGGCAAAUAUCUUAACAGUGUACAGUGAGAAACAUAAUAGUACAGUCAGUUUCCUUAUGGCUUUUACAAGCUGUCUGCAAGUUCUAGUCCCUUUGUGAGGAGCGCAUAUCUGGCCUUUGAAAUAAUUGUUUGCCCAUUGAUAGGUCUGGGGCCUCUGCAUUGUGAAGUAUAGCUUCACCCUGAGCCAUACGUUGUGUAUUUGCAUUUGCUGGUGUUCUCCUGCUUUUCUCUGAAGAUCCGUUUUAUAGAAACCUUGAGAUACAGAAUAGCCACAGUUCCCUGUGCCCCGUCCUCUCCCCAUUAGGAGUGUUGCAUCACUGGGCUGAUGAGUUAGAAGUUCCAGUGUUCCCCUCAGGCAGUCUGAGAAACAUUGUUGGGGCAUCACCCCAUGCUCACCACACUCAGUAGAUUCCCGGGGCAUUAAUGCAACCACAGCAACACUUGGAGGGCCCCAAGGUAUCUAUGAGAAUGCAAGAAAUCUUGCUGAAUCAUGGGAUUGCUCAUAGACAGCAACAUGACACUGAAACAGGAGCUUCAUGUGUCUUUCUUUCAGUCUGGCCUCAUGACUGCUGUAAAGGGAAGGAUCUUGAAGCUAGUUUGUAGGGUGAGCCAGGGAGGCAUUUCCAGCACAGGUUCUCACAGUGUCCAUUAGACAGCAAGAAUGGCUCUGUGAGUGACACUUGGAAAAUCUGAAGGAACACCUCUUGAUGACAUAGAAGCAUAUGAAGCAUAUGAAGAUGAAGAUCCUCAGGCAGUGGAAAGAGGUUUUUGUUUUGUUUUGUUGGUUUCUUUGUUUUUACAUUUGCCUAUUACUCCAGAUAAGACUGUGAUUCAGGAUGUAUGCAGUCACAAAUAGAAGUCUCUGCCAAUUGUGCUCCCCACAGGAAUAACAACUUUAGCAACUAUCUAAAUAAAAAAGCACCUCCAUAA